AUGCGGUCUGGGAGAAGACCACAAGGAAGAAGCAUAGCGAUAAGGAAACAAACAGAGACGGGUUUGGGAUCGAGAAUCGUGAGGAAAUCGGGAUCGGAGAGGCGGAAUCUGAUCGGAUCUGAUGUUGGUGGUGGGGCUGCACGAACAAGGAUGCAGCUUCACAUAUCGCCUAGCAUGAGAAGCAUCACGAUUUCGAGCAGCAAUGAGUUUAUUGACUUGAUGAAGAUCAAGGUCGCAGCUCGUCACAUCUCUUACCGAACUCUCUUCCACACAAUCUUAAUCCUCGCUUUCUUGUUGCCUUUUGUAUUCAUCCUAACCGCUCUUGUUACCCUCGAAGGUGUCAACAAGUGCUCCUCCAUUGACUGUUUAGGGAGGCGGUUAGGUCCACGUUUUCUUGGUAGGGUAGAUGCUUCAGAGAGACUAGCUAGAGACUUUUAUAAAAUUCUAAAUGAAGUAAGCACUCAAGAAAUUCCAGAUGGUUUGAAGCUUCCAGAUUCUUUUAGUCACCUUGUUUCGGAUAUGAAGAAUAAUCAGUAUGACGCAAAGACAUUUGCUCUUAUACUGCGAGCCAUGAUGGAGAAGUUCGAACGGGAUAUUAGGGAAUCUAAAUUCGCAGAACUUAUGAACAAGCAUUUCGCAGCAAGUUCCAUUCCCAAAGGCAUUCAUUGUCUAUCUCUAAGACUGACAGAUGAAUAUUCCUCCAAUGCUCAUGCUCGUAGACAGCUUCCUUCACCAGAGUUUCUCCCUGUUCUUUCAGAUAAUUCUUUCCACCAUUUUAUUCUGGCCACGGACAAUAUUUUGGCUGCAUCAGUUGUGGUCUCAUCCGCUGUGCAAUCAUCUUCAAAACCCGAGAAAAUUGUCUUUCACGUCAUCACAGACAAGAAAACCUAUGCGGGUAUGCAUUCCUGGUUUGCUCUUAAUUCUGUGGCACCUGCUAUUGUGGAAAUCAAAGGUGUUCAUCAGUUUGACUGGUUGACGAGAGAGAAUGUUCCUGUUCUGGAAGCUGUGGAAAGCCAUAAUGGUGUCAGGAAUUAUUACCAUGGCAAUCACGUCGCUGGGGCUAACCUGACCGAAACAACUCCUCGAACAUUUGCUUCAAAAUUGCAGUCUAGAAGUCCCAAAUACAUAUCUUUGCUCAACCAUCUUAGAAUAUAUAUACCGGAGCUAUUCCCGAACUUGGACAAGGUGGUCUUCUUAGACGAUGAUAUAGUUGUCCAGCGAGACUUGGCUCCACUUUGGGAUCUUGACCUUGGUGGUAAGGUGAACGGAGCAGUAGAAACUUGCCGGGGUGAAGAUGAAUGGGUGAUGUCAAAGCGAUUAAGGAACUACUUCAAUUUCUCUCACCCUCUCAUCGCCAAGCAUUUAGAUCCUGAAGAAUGUGCUUGGGCAUAUGGUAUGAAUGUCUUCGAUCUACAAGCUUGGAGGAAGACAAAUAUCAGAGAAACGUAUCACUCUUGGCUUAGAGAGAAUCUAAAGUCGAAUCUGACAAUGUGGAAGCUUGGAACCUUGCCACCUGCUCUUAUCGCGUUUAAGGGCCAUGUUCACACAAUAGACUCAUCAUGGCACAUGCUUGGAUUAGGCUAUCAGAACAAGACCAACAUAGAAAAUGUCAAGAAAGCUGCAGUGAUCCACUACAAUGGCCAAUCAAAGCCAUGGCUCGAGAUUGGUUUCGAGCAUCUUCGGCCGUUCUGGACAAAAUACGUCAACUACUCCAAUGAUUUCAUCAAGAACUGUCACAUCUUGGAGUAG